AUGUCGGGUGACGCCGAAAAAGCUCGAGCGAACGUGAUGUGUGACCUCAGAAUCAGCAAACUGUGUGUGAACGUGUGUGUGGGGGAGUCUGGUGACAGACUGACCAGAGCUGCUAAAGUCAUCGAGCAGCUGACAGGACAGACACCGGUCUUUUCAAAAAAAAAAAAUGCCCGCUACACUGUCAGGUCCUUUGGAAUCCGUCGUAACGAGAAGAUUGCUGUUCACUGUACUGUCCGAGGUGCCAAGGCUGAGGAGAUUCUGGAGAAGGGUUUGAAGGUGCGAGAGUAUGAGCUGAAGAAGAACAACUUCUCUGCCACUGGCAACUUUGGCUUCGGGAUCCAGGAGCACAUUGACCUGGGCAUCAAGUACGACCCCAGCAUUGGCAUCUACGGCAUGGACUUCUACGUUGUUCUAGGCAGGCCAGGAUUCAACAUCAGUCAGCGCAGGCGCAGACAGAGUUCGAUUGGAGCCAAACACAGAAUCUCGAAAGAGGAAUCCAUCAAGUGGUUUCAGCAAAAGUAUGACGGCAUCAUCCUACCUGGUAAAUAA